AUGGAUCAAGGUAUGUCUUCAGAUUGGGCAAAUUUGCCAAAGCAUCUUUUGGAUUCAGUUGUUGAAACCCUAGUGCUACCAUCACACUAUGUGCCGUUUAGCCUUGUCUGUAAGUCAUGGUAUUCAGUAGCAAAGGAUAACAUACGCAAACAUGAAAGGAUGACAGCUCCAAUGUUGUUGAUUUACAGCGGCAAAAAAGACUAUUGGAAUGUAUUCAACAAGGCUACUAACAAGAUCCUUGAUUUUCAAGUAAGAGUGCCAAACAAGAGGCUUUGUGGGUCUUCCAAAGGGUGGUUACUCUAUUUGGAUAGGAAUGAUGUGGAUAAGAAUUUUGGAAUAACCCUUGUGAAUCCAUUCUUUAGGGUUAAAGGAAGGAGGGAGAGAUCAAACUCUCUCAUUCGCCUACCUCCACUUAUGCCUCCAGGUUGGGAAAACUGGCUUACCUCCAGUUAUACCUUGGAGAAUUACGUCUUCAAAGCUACAAUUUCAGCUGAUCCGAUAUCGAAUCCAGAAGAUUGCAUUGUUAUGGUCACGCAUAUGGACAGAUUAGAGUUGGCUUUCAUUAGACUAGGUAAGGACACAACAUGGACGUACAUGGAUGGAAGUGAUAACAUAGUUCCAGGGUGCCGCAUGAUUCAAGAAGUUAUCUACAUUGAACAGACAUUCUAUGCUGUGGGUUACUUCAAUGAACUUCUAUCUUUUGACGUUACUUCUCAGUCGUAUUCAGAAAUACAUGUGAUUGUUCCUGAAGACAAACCCAUUGGGCAAGUCAAGAGAUAUAUAUUUGUAGGGGAAGGGAAAAAAUUGUUCAUGGUUCAAAGAUACACGGACUAUGUAGAAGUUGAAGAAGGUUUUCACGACCGGGUGACGAAGAAAUUUAGAGUGUUCGAAUUGAAUUCAGCUAAGGGUGAGUGGGUUGAGAAAAACUCAUUGGGUGAUAUUGCUGUUUUUGUAGGGGAUAACUCUUCUAUAUCUGUGCUGCCUUCAAAUCUUUCAGGAUGUCAGUCGGAUUGCAUAUACUUCAAUCAAGAUCGUGAUCAUAUAGCGUACUUAUUGCCGCCUCAUGAUUUUGGUGCUUAUAACGUGCCAGAGAAAAGCUGCCUACAAACUUACCCUGCUCAUGUGGAGAAACUCAUAAAGAGGAGCCGCCAACUGCCAAUUUGGGUCAUUCCAACAUUGUAUUUUGAGUUGUAA